AUGGAUUGUAGGCCCGAACUUGAUAAAUCUGAUCCGAGACUUAAGCUGGAGGUGGCUAAUGAUGGUCUCCUGGCAGUAGAGGGAAUGGCUAAAUUUGAGUUUAAGUUGAAAUCCACCAAAUUUGAAUGGAACAUGUACGUAACAGACAUUCGAGAGGAUGGUCUGUUAGGUUUAGACUUUCUAUACAAUCACCAGUAUAUGUGUGGGACUGAAACAGGUUUACGGUUUAACGGGAAGAAGUAUGAAACGUUUAUUCAUAGGGCCCCAUUUGGUGUGUCAAGAGUUUCAUGUGCUACAGAAACAAAAGUACCAGCAAAUAGUGAAUGUGUUUUAGUUGGACGGACAAGUUUGGGUAUACCUUUCUCAAAACCAUGUGCUGUGGGACCAUUACCUAGGGUCGAGAAUGACUUGUUGGUAGGAAAUGCAUUAGUGACACCAGGAGAUGAAAUUCCUAUUCCUGUGAUGAACUUAACAGAUGAGGAUAUUAUCAUACAUUCAGGACAGUCUAUAGCUAGUGUCCAGGAAAUAGUUUACUUUUCAACUUUUGACCCAGGUGACAAUCCUCAACACAAUGGAUGGGUUAAUAAUGUGUCUGCUGCUGAAGUGUGGCCAGAGGGUGUACAAAAGUUAUGCAAUGAGUCUAGUGUGAACUUAUCUGAGGAUGACAUUCUGAAACUGAGGAGACUGUUACAAGCUCAUUUGUCUGUAUUUGCAAGUUCUUCUGAGGAUUUGGGAUUUACAAAUAUAGUGGAACAUAAAAUUGAUACUGGUACAGCCUGUCCAGUGAAACAAGCGCCCAGGCGACCCCCUAUGGCAUUUGCUAAGUAA